UUUCCAGCGAGUGAGCGUGCAGCUGCAGCCCAGCUUCCACGACCUCACGCAUUGCACGAUGCUGCUGCCUCGGACUCAGGCGCCCUUGAGGGCCGCCCUUGCUGCGUCGAGAUCGCAGUUCCUCCCUAGCACUGGCUCCGCCUACAAUGUGCUCGAUGUGCUGCGCGCAGGCUCCUCGCCGUCGCCGACCUUGACAUUUGUCCGCCAUGCUACGCAUCAGGCCCAGGGACGGGCUAAUGGGCCGAAGAACGGGGUUGGAAAGAGAAUGGGUGCGAAGAAGACUGGUGAACAAUACGUGGUGCCGGGCAACAUCAUCUUCAAGCAGCGCGGCACGCUGUGGUUCCCGGGCGAGAACUGCUUAAUGGGCCGCGACCACACGAUCCACGCGGCGGCGCCCGGCUACGUCAAGUACUACCGCGACCCCGCGAAGCACCCGAAGCGCAAGUACAUUGGGGUGGUGUUUGAGCGGAACCAGACGCUGCCGACGCCGGUGCACGCGGCGCGCCGGCGGCGGCUGGGCAUGCUGGCCGUGGCGCGGGACGGGGCAGUGGAGCACGAACACGAACAGGAGCAGCAGAUGGUGGAGGAGGACGCCGCUGCCGCCAACGACUUGGUCCCCGCCGGCAAGGCGGUUCCUGGCAACAAGGUUCCUGGCCAGGAAAGCUCGGUCCGCGCCGCCCCGAAGAGCAAGCGCGCCCAGAAGCCCCAGAAGAACCUCUCCUUGCGCCCCGGCUACAUGUUCCGCGAGGCGAACUGGGAGAUUGGCCGUGCAGCGGAGCGCGCAAAUGUCAAGGUCACGCAGUUCGUCAAGGGAGACCGCUUCAAGGCGUGGAGGAAGCUGGCGGCCAGGAAGGCGAAGAAUGUCGCGCGCAAGACGCUGAGCAGUCGCAAGGGCGCGAAGAAGGCGAAGAAGGGCGGGAGGAGGUAGAGGUAGAGAUUGUGCGUCUGUUGAAACCACGGGGUUGUGUAUUUAUACCUGAGGUGCUGCGGGUGUGUGUGUGUAUGUAUGUAAAAAGACCUGCUCUGCG